CCUUUCAUGUCCUCACCUGUGCGCGCACUACAGCCAUAGGUUGGACAGCACAGACGCAAGCAUUUUGUCAGUUGUUGGAAACAAUUGGAUCGUCCGUGUGCAAAACCGAUUGCUCUAGUUUGUACAAAACAAUUAUUGUAGCAUUUCAGCAAAAUAUCACUAGUCUCCUCCUGUGGCACACUUUGCGGAUAUGGUUUACCUGGAUUUUCAGUCCAGGUUCUGAAAAUAAACUUGAGAGGAACGCAGUGGAAACGCUUCAAAUGGAAAGCAGAUAAGGAAGACUUAUCUAUCAAAUCGGGACCUAAAACUUUUUUUCCAAAAGGGAGUAGGUCCAGUGUGAGGUGGGAUGUCUAGCCGUGAAUCUUUGGGGGACCUGAUCCCCCAGGACCUGGCGGAGGUAUUUGCCCAUGAGAGACUCACCAAAGGGGGCCGAAGAAAGAAACGUCGGGGCUCACUGGGCCGGGCAUUCGGCUGGCUCAAAGGGAAGAAGAAGAAGGACGUCAAUGCCAAUGGACAGAGCCAGGACUUUAAUCCAGGCCGGCCGAUGACGGGCAAGACAUUCACACAGGGCCACAGCCAUGCAGUCCCAAAGCAUGAGGAUGGGACUCGCGUCCCUCCACACUUCCAGGAGAAUGUGUUCAUCGAAGGCAGCCGGCCUAAGUACCUGGAGGACCUGCACACUGAGGCCCUAGAGGGACUCAAACUGCAGCAGCAGGAAGAAACCAAUAAUUGGGUGGAUUACCAGGAUGACCAAAGCGUCACAUCGACAGUGACCCGGCUGCCAGACGACACUGAGAGUGACAGUGAGAGGAGAGGCUAUCUGUCAGACAGCACCAUAGCAGACACAGCGUCACAGGUCUCAACACGCUCCACUGUCUCCACACGGUCCUCACGGUCAGGACUGACCCGCCAAGCAUCAACCUUCAGGCCCCUGAAGCCAGAGAAGGCCAAGGCCAGGAGGAGACACCGGAGAACCACAGUUAUGGGGAUACCACAUCACGUCCAGAGGGAACUGGGGUUGGACAGAGCCUCAUGGGCAGGUCGUCAGGUUAUAGAUGAGGGUGGGCUCCCUAACGGUGAGAGUCUGGACUUCUCCACCAUCGAUGGGCCUCACCUGGCUGGUUCCCAGGAGGGGGUGAGGAAGUACCUCCAGUCCAUAGAAGGCCUGCAGCCUGUCUGUGAGGACCAGAUCCAGAAGGUCCCCUCCCGGGCCGGACACAGGGACGACCUGGCUCUCCUCCAGCACAUGGGCCCCCAGCUGUCCGACCUGAAUCGGCCCAAGUCCCUGGCUGUCCCUUGGAUGACCACAACCUCUAGCCUGCUUCAGCUGCACCCCAGCCCUGUCAUGUCCAUGUCCCCCCAGGCCACCUACAUGUCUAAGAUCAUCCCAAAUGCUGUGCUGCUACCCUCCAUAGACGUGGUGGAGAUCACCCGGAACCGUAGUCGGAGCAGUGUUCGUACUGUCAGUAAGAGCAGCCUGCUGCUGGCCAGCCCUGCCUCCUCCCGCGCCUCCUCCCGCGCCUCUACCAUGUCCUCCGCCUCCCGCUACAACCCACCACACUUCUCUGACAGCUCUGGAUGGAGCCACUCUCAGUCCUCUGAGACCCUGGUGUCUGACUCUUCCACAAUCUCCUCCAACAGCACCACCAGACAGGGGGGCUCACAGGGGGGGGAUGGGGAGGGUUCAUCCAGGGAGACAACCCUGGACAGCAAGAGUAUCCACUCCUCUGUCAGUAAGGCCUCCAGGACCUCCGCCACCAACGGCAAAGGGAAAGCCAGAGGGGAUGAUGGCAAACAGAACGGGCCCUUCACCCGGAGCAUGUCUGUGAUGAAGUCCAAGAGGGCACCGGCCCCACCCAGCCGCUCCUACUCCCUACACAAGGACAACAUGAAGAGGCACUCGCAAGACCUGAUUAACAGCAUGGUUACUGCCCCUCCCCAAAGCAGCCCAUUCCAGGGAGGGGAGGUUAAGGUUUUCAGUGCUGGGGAAAGUAACAACAGUAGCCCUGGCUACACAGCAGACACCAGCUCUCUGGAUGAGUCUUCAGGCUCUGUGACAGCCAGCCCCUUCAACACCCCACAGCAGGCAGCCAGGGAGAAGGUGAGGAACGAUCAGCCAGGCUCCACAGGCUCCUCUCCCCAGAAACAGACCCCCCAGGAAAAUGGCCUGAAGAAUGUCUCUCCCUCCAGCGGCUACUCCAGCCACGGUGGCACGCCCACCCUUCCUUCCAAACAGACCCUUAACCCAUCUCCAGGGAAAAAAAGAGGCAUCCGAGCAAUCAUCUUCCCAAUGGCACCAUCGCCGGCAGCUUCAGCCCCAUCACUUGUCAUUCAGCCCCAGGCCUCUGACAGCAGCAAGACGCCUGAGCCAGUCGACACUGUAACUCCCUCACCUUCAGUCAUGUCACUCAGGGAGCCGUUCAACAUCCCGCCCCCACCCAAGGUGUCUGCCCCCUCUCCUCCUCCCCCGGAGGUAUGGGCACACAACAAGCGCACCUUUGCGCUACUACUAGGUCACCCGACCCCCAACAACACGGAUACGGUGGUGCGAAAGAACCCAAAGGAUCGACGACAGCAGAGGCAGUCGCCUUCCACAUCAAGAGAGGGUUAUGUUAAGAACGUUUCACCUGAGAGGAGAGAUGAGGCAGGAGGUGUGCUGGAGGGGGUCACUGAGCCUCGAGCUAAAGAGCAGACAGGUCCAGCAGACCAGGAAAGGGUACUGUCUUCCAUUGUGGAGACAAGUAAUCCAGCAGCACAUACGUUUGAGUCAGGAAAAGGUCAGGAGAGUGAAGUAGCACAGAAGGUUGAAGAGAGGGUCCAAGGAAGUCAGUUGGGAGUUGAAGAGAAGGUGCAGGGAAGUCAGUUGGUGGUUGAAGAGAAGGUGCAGGGAAGCCAGUUGGUGGUUGAAGAGAAGGUGCAGGGAAGCCAGUUGGUGGUUGAAGAGAAGGUGCAGGGAAGUCAGUUGGUGGUUGAAGAGAAGGUGCAGGGAAGUCAGUUGGUGGUUGAAGAGAAGGUGCAGGGAAGUCAGUUGGUGGUUGAACCAGAGAGGGUCAUUGUAAAUCAGUUGAUAGGUAAACUAGAGAAGGUCCAGACAAGUAAUUUGGUAAAUGUAAAAUCAGUGAACGCCGCAGUAGCUCCAGUAAAGGGCCUAGGAAAAGUAAAGACAGAAAUACAGACUACUACUCCUGUUGCAGCCAAAAAGACUGAAUUCCAACCUAAAAUGGAUACGUCUUUGAUAAGCCCUGCUCUAGCACACAUCUCCCCAUCUCCGUCUCCUCCCCCAGCACACUAUCCUCCCCUUCCCCCUUCCAAACAGACCCCACCUGUGGCCCCCUCAGACUCUAUGCCUGCUCCAGAGCCCCCACUAGUCUCCACCACUGGGGAAUCCUCCUGGCCCCCUCCGCCUUCUCCCAUGGACUUGGCCACCCUUGGCAAUGAGCUUGACCUGCCCAUUCCCCCACCACCAAGGGUAGUUAUGACAGAACUUGUGCCCCCUGUUUCAUCUGUACUACAGGGAAUCCCACCUCCACCCCAGGGUAUCCCACCUCCACCUCCCCAAGAAGCCCCACCUCCACCAAAAGCUAAAUUUGGUCCUCCCUCCUACAUCCCUCCACCUCCCCAAAGUAUUCCACCUCCACUGGAAAACAUACAGCAGCACAGUCCAGUGACCACAGAGGGACAGAACCAAGAGAAGUCCCUCAGCAAGAGCUCUUUCUCUCCCACUCCCCCAGAGGAGAGCUCCACUCCCGUGGUAACCCCCACCCUUCUGCAGACGGUCAAGCUGAGGUCUGUCAAUAAUGGUGAUCAGGAUCAGGAAAAGGACCAGGGACAGGACUGGACAGGAGUCACUUUGAGGGCCAAAAAACCCAGUAACGGUGAGGCUCCCCAGAAGCCUAUUCGAAGGUCUCUGUUCAUGACAGCUCCCCCUCCUACUGUCACAUCCCCAACUACGACUGUUAUCUCACAAUCUCCCAUAGCCCAACCCCCAGAGGUAGCCCCAGCCACAGAGGACACCCCACAGGCAGACCCAGAGCCUGCCACAUUCCCAGAGGCAACCUCAGCCUCAGAGGUAGCCACAGCCUCAGCUCCAGAAGGAGCCACAACUCCAGAAACAACCCCAGAGGCAGCUUCAGAAACGCCUCCAGCCACAGUCCCAGCUGAGGCCCUAGAGGUAGCCACAGCCUUAGCUGAAGCCCCAGCCAAGCCCCAGCCCAGCAUACUUAAUUUACCCUUAAAGUCAUCCAUUGUCACCUCUCCUACGAGGAAGUCACCACCUGCCUCAGCCACCACCCCCUCCAUGAGGAUGCAGGAGGCCAUCCGCUUGAGGACAGCAUCCAGAAGUAAAGAGGGGCCUCCCUCUCGUCUCAGUCUGCACUCUCCAACAAGUCUUAAGUCUCCCUCCUCCACCGCCAGUUUCAUCUUUGCCAAGAGCACAAAGAAGAUUGUCAUAGAGACCCCCUCAUCCCCUGAGGCCCAGGCCAAUCUCACAAAGAACCUGAUAGCUGAGCUUUCAUCUAUGUCCAAUCCAGCCAAGUCCAUAGAAACACAGAAGGUGAUGGUCAAGUUGCCUCCACCUGUGUCAAGGAAACCCAAGCCUAAGGUCAAAGAGACAGAGCCCAGUGUGGAGACUGAGCAUGUGCAAACUGCGGGUCAGGAAGCAUAGCCAGCAGACAGCACUGAGGGUGCCCCAGAGGCUCCAAGUGGGACAGCAGUGCCACCAUUAUCCUCCAUAUGAGCAACACUGCCACUAAGGAUGAAUCAUUCACGAAGACAGACUUUUAUCUGUACAUUGAGAAGACACCAUAUGUCAAGCGCAAUAUGCAAGAGGGAGAGAGGUGGAUUUAAAAAAGAAGAAGUGAGCGGAUGAUGCAAUCAGAGCCUUCUGAAGACAGGGCAACUCGACAUAACUACAUGUAACCCUCUCACAUAAGACCUCUGAGUUUGAAAUCCUUUGAGUGCAUGUUAAAAUGGUGUUGGCCUUUAAUUUUUCUAAUACUCUUGUUGUAUUUUGGAGCAUUUUUCUUUGGCAGAGGGACUUCUUACUGGUCUGAUUUAAUAAUGGAGAGUCAGUCACAGUGCAUGCUGGUCUAGGUUGCCCUCUAGUGUCAACUAUGGAAUGUCACAGCUACUGCUGUUGGGUACUGCAAACACUUGUCUGGAUUAUAUACCACAAUGUCGAAUUUUUUAUAUAUUCGUUAUAAGAUAAUGCACAAUUAGAAUGUGGUGUUCUUAUUUCAUCCAUGUUUGUUGUAAUAAAAUAAUUGACCUAAAUUAUUUGUCCUGUAGACAUCUUCCCAUUAGAUGUUGUGGGAAAUAUGAUGUUAUUUUAUGUUUUCUAUGUCAAUAUGUGGCAAUCUUUCCUGAUGUCGUCAUAUUUAAUUUUCUCCUUAGCUACUAAAAUGCUAUAAUCAGAGCUGGGUGAUACCACUAGUUCUAGAAUGAGAAUCAUAUUCAUGAUGAGAAUCCCAAUUUUCAUGGUCAUGUUUUUUUUAAUUUUGUUGGUAUGAAUGUACAGACCUUUACAGGAAUCUCGCCCUGCGUGUAAAUCAAAUCUCACAGGUUUAAUCUGACGCACAGUUUAUGAAUUUAACUGGUCAUUUAAAGACUAUUGGGGCAAAUCUUUGUCUUGCUUUUAGUUAUAUCCUGCACAUUUUGAUACAUUUCCUUUCAAACCAGGUGGGAGCUAUAUUAUACAUUGCAUUUAUGUUACUCAUUUGUACAGAAUUUGGGAUAUUUCUCAACAAUGAAACAUCUGCUUUGAAAGUACAUAUUAUUCAGUGAUUUCAAUGAUUGUAGAAAAGUAAUCUGACAAAUGAUUAUGUAUAGUUUCAUUUAUUUCAAGGUAACAGAAUAAAUGUAUAUCUUCACAAUGAA